GUGCUGAACACGAGUGAACCUUUAGCCGAAAUAGGGUCACUGAACAGAUGUCCAUAUCAGAGUCAGAUUAAACUUUUAUGCUUUUAUUUCAGCAGGGUCAUGUAAGGUGAUGUGUUUUCAAAUACUGCCGGAACUUGAAGUCAUAUAUAAUAUUUGGAAUAGUUAUUAAAAUAGAACAUUUUCACUUGGGUAUCAUUUGUAGCAGGCUAACAAAACACCGUUGUUGCGGCAAAUGAGUAUCCACACGACAUUUACUUUGAAGGUGAGAAUCGGAAGUGGGCUGUUUUACUGACGCUAGCUUGAAUGCUAAUGAAUUUGUGAUGACAGGAGGAGGCAGCAGGUGGAUUGUUUCGAGUUUCUAGUUUUCUCCGUCCCACCCGUUCAACAUCAAAUAAACUAACGGAUAUCCUGAGCGGAAAUGCUGCGCUGCUUAUGACAGGCUCCGCUUUCCACAUUAAGACUAGUGAUAUUUAACUCGGGGUGGACAAAGAGACGAAACCACGCCGCCGGAGCCUGGACUUAGCAGAUCAGUUGUCGUGAGAGGGGGAACCUCAGCUUUGGAGCCAUGUUGUCGGCGGAGGAGAUCCUGUGCAGCACGCAGCAGGUGAUCGCAGGACUGGAGGCGCUGAGAGGGGAGAACCGCAGUCUGCUGGAGAGCCUGCAGGAGCCGCUGGAGAGCCGGCCGGCGCCCGAGAGCGGCAGCGUGGAGCAGGAGAAGUGCGGCAUCAUCCGCCAGUCGCUGGAGAGGAUAGAGCUGGGGCUGAGCGAGGCACAGGUGAUGGUGGCCUUGUCGGCUCACCUGGGUUCACUGGAGGCGGAGAAACAGAAGCUACGUGCUCAGGUGCGUCGUCUCUGUCAGGAGAACCAGUGGUUGAGGGACGAGCUGGCUGGUGCUCAGCAGCGGCUGCAGGACAGGGACCAGGAGGUGGUCACCCUGGAGGAGCAGAACAAACACCUGCAGUUCAUGUCCUCCAUACGCAAAUACGACCUGGAGGAGCCGCAGCUGGAUGACAAAGACUCGUCCACCACCAAGGAGUCUCUGGAUGACCUCUUUCCUGCCGAGGACGAGGAGCAGUCACAGAUGUCUCAGCCUCAUCACAGCAGUGCGGCAGCCGCAGCCCAGCAGGGCGGCUACGAGAUUCCCGCCCGCCUUCGAACGCUCCACAACCUCGUCAUCCAGUACGCGUCCCAGGGGAGGUACGAGGUCGCCGUGCCGCUCUGCAAACAGGCUUUGGAAGACCUGGAGAAGUCCUCAGGCCACAUCCACCCAGAUGUAGCCACCAUGCUGAAUAUACUGGCGUUGGUGUACAGAGACCAGAACAAAUACAAAGAGGCAGCCAACCUGCUGAAUGACGCUCUGGCAAUCAGGGAGAAAACUCUUGGCUUGGACCACCCGGCUGUGGCAGCAACGCUCAACAACCUCGCUGUGCUUUAUGGGAAAAGAGGAAAAUACAAGGAAGCAGAGCCGCUGUGUAAAAGAGCUCUGGAGAUCAGAGAGAAGGUUCUGGGCACAGAACACCCGGAUGUGGCCAAGCAGCUGAACAACCUGGCGCUGCUGUGUCAGAACCAGGGGAAGUACCAGGAGGUGGAGCAGUACUACGAACGCGCUCUGCACAUCUACCAGAGCCAACUGGGCCCAGACGACGCCAACGUGGCCAAGACCAAGAACAACCUGGCUUCGUGCUACCUUAAACAGGGGAAAUACAGACAGGCCGAAGCGCUUUACAAAGAGAUCCUGACCAGAGCUCAUGAAAAGGAGUUUGGAUCUGUGGAAGGCGACGGGCGACCCAGCUGGUCCGGCGCCGAGGACGGCAGCUCCGGGCAGGACGGACUCGGUAACCUGAAGCGCAGCGGCUCCUUCACCAAACUCCGAGAGUCGAUACGCCGAAGCAGCGAGAAACUGGUCCGCAAGCUGAGAGGAGUCGGAAUGGAGGAAACGACCCCGAGGAAUGCUGGGAUGAAGAGGGCCAACUCUCUGAAUGUGUUGAAUGUCGGAGCCAGAGAGAGUCAGGACGGCGCUCAGUCGAGCCGUUUGAGAGACGUUCGAGGCCUGAGCUCCAGCACGCAGAGCCUGACGAGACGAGGUUCACUCGGUGGGAGCAGCUAACACACGCACACACAGGAAGUGGACAGAUGUUCACACGCUGCUCUGUGGAUUCCCCACUUUGAGUCUCCUCAACACAAACUGAGAUGGUUGUCCUCACUGGAGACGUCACAAACGUGUGAAUUAUCCCUCAGUUCAAAAGAAUAACAACAAAUCAAUGUUCUCUUAACCCCUGAGGAAACGUGACAGUUAGCUUAAUGCUGCGACACGUUUGUCUCCGGUGAGGACGAGUGUCUCCGGGACUGAUGAGGAAGGUGUGGGUCACAUACUGACAGAUGGACGUUUGCACUGGAACUUUUCCUUUCCUGUUCACUUGAAAUUCGUUAUCAUUCCCUCCUGCGUUUUUAUCACACACACAUUCAGCUUUGCUGUUUUAUCCUUUUAGUUUACUCCUUCAGAUAACACCAGCAUGUACACUGCAAGACAAUCAGGCUAAAACAAAUGUUUUCACUAAAUUAGUGAAACUUCCAAAAACAGUUGGAACGCUGUGUAAACAAACGUUUGAUUUCGAUGAGGUCAAACUUUAUACAUAAAUAUAUCGUCUUUAUGCUUUUCAGCUUGAUGAUUAGCAGAUUGUCACAUGCUGUUUUACGCAGCGUCACAACUUUUUCAUAAUCCGUGUCGUUACGUUUGCCGCAUCAUCAGGUUAACUCAGUUAAUCUGCAGUACAGCAGACUUUACACUGGAGGUUUUCAGUUUGUCCCGAUGUUCCUGCGCCCUUUCAGAUUCAUGUCUAUUCACAAACACUGGAGUUAUUUAUGUUUUAAAUGUCGUAAAGGCGAAACGGGCACACUGACAUUAGAUUAUUUUUUUAGAUGUUAAAGACUUUCUGUACAGAGACGUAAAGUCGUUUGCACAAAUCGCGAUGCGUUGGUCGAAACAUUACGUUUGGUUUACGAGGGAGAAGUUAAGCUAUGGAGUUUAUUCUCUUUAAAGAAGUUAUUUAAACGUGUUUUGCCUUUUUGAAAGUCGUUCUAACUGUAUUUUUAAUGUCGUUAAAGCUAAAGAUAAAAACACUAAUGUGUUUGUCAUUCCACAUCAUGAGAAUGAGGACCAGAAUAAGAAACUGCCAGCAGCAGCUCUACAGCAAGAACAACCACAUCGAAUUAAUUAAAGAGUUUGGUCUGGACCUGCUCCAAUUGGAAAGUGUCAUGAGAUAACUUAUGUUGUGAAUUGGCGCUACAUAAAUAAACUGAACGGAGUUGAAUUGAAUCGGACUUUAAAUCGUUCUUUGAAUUGGACACACGAUAAACUGCACACAAUUAACUUCUCUUAGAAACAAAAAAGUAUCAGAGAGGAGAAGCAGUUGAUUAUCAGUUGCUAAAUGCAUCGCAGCGCUGAAAGAUGGAGAUCUGCUCACACAGCACAUUCCUGAUCAAUCAACUGAUCAAUAGUUACUGCGUCUGAGUGUGUUGCCUUCAGUCGGAGCUCGUGGCCCUCAGCUGCUGCCUCAGAGACACCAACGGGGCCACACGAACCCGCCGUGAAGCAAACUGCACACGUGCAAACGAAGAGGCGCGAUUUAGGGCAAAGAACAUGUAGACGCACUUUGCUCAGAGCCAAAGCAGACACGCGAAGUUCGACGUCAGUCAGACAGAACCAGGAGCUCCGGAUCAUUCAGUGUGGGUGCUGGUUUACGGGGGGCUGAUGUGGACUCAAAUGACUGUCUGGCCCUUUAGUCAUAAAGUAGCUUAAUGUGGCACGAAUGUAGAACAGACGCCUACUCGAGCAUCUCCAUCUCAUCUUGGAAUUUUGCAUCAAAGCUUUUUCACUGAAAUGCCUGAAGACUUACUAUUUAAAAUAGUCAAAUUUCGUUUAACGACGUGCAGAUUUGUUUGUGUGUUUUCUCAUUCGUUAGAGUGAAAAUUCCUUCUUUUUUACGUCGACACGUGAGACAGUUGAGCAUGACAUCAUUUUGUAUGCUUAACUCUCAGGAAUGUUUAAAGUAAAACACUCAAAGACUCCAGUUAAUGAGUGUUGCUAGCUUGACACCCUGAACAUAAAGUUUACCAGCUGGCCCUCACGGAUUUUAAGCGUCCUCUUGGGACUCACACUUCCUGUGCGUCCUCCUGUUCGCACGAUGGAUGUGCAUUUGCUGUGGUAGAAGAAGAUGUCACUGCAGUUUGUUCGUUGUACUGUUAGUUACUGUAGAAGCUGCAGUCUGUAGACCGAAGCCUUUUUAACAUGUUGGGAUAAAAAACAAAAGCGUAGAAACUGGACCGUGUGUUUUCCUGAUGCUGUGUUUAUUCUGGUCAAUACGAAUGUUUGUAUUUUAUAUUUUUAAACUUGAGCUGAAAUAAAUAACAAAAAUACUCUAACAACCUUC